UUUCCGGGGCGCGCCGCGGAACUCGGCAGUCGUCACGGAACUCGGCUGCGGCUCCAUAGUCUGAGUUGUCAGCCGUUGUUUUUUCGUGCUCGCUAGUCGCCGCCGCCGCGCCGCCAUGGGGAAGCGACAGCACCAGAAGGACAAAAUGUACAUUACCUGUGCUGAAUACACUCACUUUUAUGGUGGCAAGAAGCCAGAUCUCCCACAAACAAAUUUUCGUCGUUUACCUUUUGACCACUGCAGUCUCUCUCUGCAGCCCUUUGUCUACCCAGUCUGCACUCCUGAUGGCGUCGUCUUUGACUUGCUGAACAUUGUUCCAUGGCUUAAGAAGUACGGGACCAACCCCAGCAAUGGAGAGAAGCUGGACGGGAGGUCCCUGAUCAAGCUGAACUUUGCCAAGAACAGUGAGGGGAAGUACCACUGCCCAGUGCUGUUUACCGUGUUCACCAACAACACCCACAUCGUGGCUGUGAGGACGACCGGCAACGUCUACGCCUAUGAGGCAGUGGAACAGCUAAAUAUCAAGGCCAAGAACUUCCGGGACCUGCUGACUGACGAGCCAUUCUCCCGGCAGGACAUCAUCACCCUCCAGGACCCCACCAAUUUGGACAAGUUCAAUGUCUCUAACUUCUAUCAUGUGAAGAAUAACAUGAAAAUAAUAGACCCAGAUGAAGAGAAGGCCAAACAGGACCCGUCUUAUUAUCUGAAAAAUACAAAUGCCGAGACCCGAGAGACCCUGCAGGAGCUCUACAAGGAGUUCAAAGGGGAUGAGAUUCUGGCAGCCACCAUGAAGGUCCCGGAGAAGAAGAAAGUGGACAAGCUGAACGCUGCCCACUAUUCCACAGGGAAGGUCAGUGCUUCCUUCACCUCCACUGCGAUGGUCCCGGAGACCACACAUGAAGCAGCUGCCAUCGACGAGGAUGUGCUGCGCUACCAGUUUGUGAAGAAGAAGGGCUACGUGCGGCUGCACACCAACAAGGGCGACCUCAACGUGGAGCUGCACUGCGACCUGACACCAAAAACCUGCGAAAACUUCAUCAGGCUUUGCAAGAAGCAUUAUUACGAUGGCACCAUCUUCCACAGAUCCAUCCGGAACUUUGUGAUCCAAGGGGGCGACCCCACAGGCACAGGCACGGGUGGGGAGUCAUACUGGGGGAAGCCCUUCAAAGAUGAGUUCCGGCCCAACCUCUCGCACACAGGCCGUGGCAUCCUCAGCAUGGCCAACUCGGGGCCCAACAGCAACAAAUCUCAAUUCUUCAUCACGUUUCGCUCCUGUGCCUACCUGGACAAGAAGCACACCAUCUUUGGACGGGUUGUUGGGGGCUUUGACGUACUGACAGCCAUGGAGAAUGUGGAGAGUGACCCCAAAACUGACCGCCCUAAGGAGGAGAUCCGCAUCGAUGCCACUACGGUGUUCGUGGACCCCUAUGAGGAGGCUGAUGCCCAGAUCGCCCAGGAGCGGAAGACACAGCUCGAGGUGGACCCGGAGACCAAAGUGAAGAGCAGCCAGCCCCAGGCAGGGAGCCAGGGCCCCCAGACCUUCCGCCAGGGCGUGGGCAAGUACAUCAACCCAGCAGCCACCGAGCGGCAGAGGAAGAGCCCUCAACCAGUGCCACUGUCCCCAUGUCCAAGAAGAAGCCUAGUUGGGGUUUUGGGGACUUCAGCUCCUGGUAGCAGCAGGUGGAAGAUGUGCUUUAAAGGAACUUCUGCCUCUGUCACUCCUGCUGAGUUGAUGCAUCUCAGUGCCGUGCCCACCAGGGCAGCGGCAUUUCCCACAUUCCAAGGCUUCGAGGCUCGGGCAGAGAUGGCACCCAAAGGCAUGCUGUGUGUGGGCAGUGAGCUCGAGUGGCACAGCCCAGUGCCUGCCUGGACCGCAGGUCUGGGUUUAGGAAGGGCUGAAGUCGGGGGAGGUGUGAAGCUGGACAGGUGGCCACGUUCUUAUUGUCUGCCAGCUCGUACUCUUGCCCCUAGACUAGCCUUAUCUGAAGGCAGCUUCAGAGCCACUUGCCAGGCUGAGAACUAUCCGGGCUCAGUGCUCUCCUAUCUGCUGCCCCUUAGACCCCCUGCCUGCCCUCUGCCCUGAGACAAGUUACUAAAUGUUGAAAACCAAACUUAUCUGGGAGUGGUUUUUGACCUCCAUCCUCUGCAAAGUGGCCUAAACCCUUAUGGGGUGCCCACUCCUGGUGGAGGGCAGGUGGAUGGGUGGAUUGUAAUUUAUAAUAAAAUAUAUGGCAGAAACACAGGCCUUAGGAGAUUGCACAGGCCCCUCUAUCAGUUCAAGUGACAUGGGACAGCACCACGCAGGGACGGGCAGUGCGUCUAGCAGGCCAGGUGUCUUCAUGCACAAAGGCUAAACCUGUCUUGUCGCUUUAACCUUUUCUGAACAAAUUUUAAACAUUCUGGCAAAUGUCAAGUUUUGAAGUUUUUCCUGUGGGUUCUGGCCUCUUUCAUAUGCAAAAAUAAUUUUUUUCUUCAAGUACAUCCAGGGUAGAAAAUGAAAUCCAACUUUUACUCGGUCCAGUGUGUUACUCUAUAGACAUGGACCAGCCACUCAGCAACUGCCUGACACCUAAGCUGCUGUCACUGCUGAGGGCACAACCCCUGGUACCAGACCUUGUGAGGCUGUCACCUCAGUAAGGGCACCUCUGCAGGCCCCUGGGACAGCCUUCUCUAAGGGCUAGCUCACCUGCUUUCUAAAUAAGGAAUCUACUGGCUUAAAUAAACAACAAUGUUCCACUAGA